AUGACUAAUGAAAAUAGUUUAUCUCUCAUCAAUUUUUCUAACGACGUUUUUUUUAACAUAAUAAAAUAUUUAACAUUAAAUGAAACACUAAAACUUAAAACAGUCAGUAAACAGUUUUAUGAAUAUUUAAAUGGAGAAAAAGCUUAUAGUUUAAAUACAUGUAUUAGUUUAAAUAAUUACAUUAAAUUUGUAAAAUUUGUAAAAUCACAUAAAUUCAGUAGUUUCUUUUUAUCCAUUUUAAAAGAUGAAAAAAAUAUUUAUGAUAAUCCAUACUACGUUAAGAAAAAUUUGAAUUUCGGAAUAAAUAAAAAACAGCUGGUUGAAAAUGAAAAAGGAUUUUUAAAAAAGAUAACAUUAAAAGGAGAAUUUUUAAGAAAUGCGAAUUAUUAUGAUAUUAGUUUACUACUUCUUGCCCAUUCAAAAUCAUUAGAAGAACUUUAUAUUCAUGGAUUAAAUGACAUAAAUUGUCCUCUUUUUAUUUAUUCUAGUUAUAGUAUAAUUUUCGACUUUUUUGCAAAAGAAAUAUUAUUAAAUAACUUGUCUUUUAAUUACAUAACAAAGAAUGAUUUAAAAGAAAUUCAGAAUUUAAUCUUACAGAAGAAAAAAAAAAAAAAAAAUGUAUGUGAAAAUUAUUCAUUUUCAUUUACUGAUACUGAAGAGGAUGCUUCAAGUGAAAAUAUAGAGAAAAUUUUUUGUGUGGACGAAAAAAUAAAAAAAGACAAUGUAAAAGAUGAUAUUGAAUUGAAAACAGGAAAAGAUAAAAAAAAUGAAGAAAAUGAAGAAGAAGAAGAAGAAGAAGAAGAAGAAGAAGAAGAAGAAGAAGAAGAAGAAAAAGAAGAAGAAAAAGAAGAAGAAAAAGAAAAAGAAAAAGAAAAAGAAAAAGAAGUAAGUGAAAAAGAAGAAAAAAAAAAAAAAAAAAAAAAUGAUAAUGAAGAAAAAUUGAAAAUUUACAAAACAAAUAAAAUGAAGCCUUUUUUUUCGUUAAAAUAUGGGAAUAUUAAAACAUAUAAAAAAAAGCAAAAAGAACAUUUGGGCAUGAUAUCAAAAAUAAAUGAUAAAAAUAAGGAAAAUGAUGAUAAUAAUGAUAAUAAUAGUGAUGGAAGCGUGAAAUUAUCAAAUUAUGAAUUAAAUAUAAAUGAACAUUUAAAAAAAAAUGAUAAAAAAAGAAUGCUAAAUUUAAUAAAUAAGGAUAAAUUACAUAUAUUAUGUGAACAUUUGAAUAUUGUAUACAACUGUAAUAAAAAAUGCUUUGAAAAAAUAAAAAAUUAUAAACAAAAAGUGCAUUUAAAUAAUUACAUAAACAGCUUACAAUUUUUAAAAAUAUUAAAUUUCUCUGGUAUACAGAGUUAUGAUUUUAUAGAAAUGUUUAUUUCAAUAAACACUCCUUCAUUAAAAACUUUAAAUAUUUAUUGCUAUGAUUACUUUUUUUAUUUUUAUCAUAUGCUCUUAUCUAUAUUUUUGUAUGGAAUAGGGAAAGAAGUUUUUACAAGAUACAUAAAUCUGAAAAAAAACAAAAAUAUUACUGAUACAAAUACAAGAGAACUUAUUCAAAAUAAUUUAAAAGUUUAUGAGGCAAUAAAAGAAAUUGAUAUUAAUUUAAUAGAAAAUAAUAUUAUAUCAUCUAAUUUUCAAAAAAAAUAUGAGCAAGAAGCAAUAAAUUAUUACCAAUUAAAUAUUAAAAAUAAUGAAAAAAAAAUAUUCUUUACACCAACUUAUAAAGACAAAAUUUAUAUAAAUAAUUUUAGCAAUCCGGUAUAUUACGCUGAUGGAAGUUAUAUAAAAAACGAUUCAGAUGCUGAACUUAUGUCUAAUUCUACUAAUAAUUAUGAUAAUAAGAUCACAAAAAGAUAUGUACAAGGACAAUUAAUUGAAAAUAAUAAAAAGAAAAUUAAAAAGUUAAAAAGGGGAGGAUAUAUAUGGCUUAUAGAAAAUUAUAAAUAUAAAAAGAAUGUUAGUAUAGAAAUUUUAUAUUUAUUUAAAAAUAUAAUUGAAAAUGAAGAAAAAAAAGGAAGAAGAAACAUUAUUUGUUUAUUGAAUAAUUUAAAUUUAGAACAUUUUUCAUUAUUUAAUUAUAGUUUAAGUAGCCCAUUCUUAUGGUUAUUGUUAUUGAUAAAAAAUCAAAAUUUAAAAACAUUUUGUAUAUUAGAUUUAUGCCUAUCUCAUCUUUUAUCUGCUCUAACCUUUUUAGAAGCAUUUUUAAAACAAAAUUUAUUUAAUUUUCAAGGAAUGAUGAGAAGAAGAAGGAAAAGAAUUGGAAGUAUUUAUUUUAAGUUUAAUGACGAAGAGGAAAUAAAAUUUGUUAAUCAGAUGUAUUCAAAAAUAAUUAAUGAAUUAAAUAGAAGUAAUUUCACUCCAAAAAAAAAUAAAGUUCUUCAUAUUGUUAUUUAUGUAUAUAAUAAUAAAAAGGGAAAUAAACAGUUCAUUAAAUAUAUAAGAAAAAUUUCAAGAUCAUUAUGGAGAUGUAAUUAUUUAGUUUUCUAUUCUAUUCAAUAUUAUAAAUAUAAAUAUUUUAAUAAAUAUUUCGAUAUUGAUAAUUUGUAUAGAGAUUAUGUAAUUAAUAUACUUUUGUCUAAUCAUAAAUUAAACCGCUCUUUAAAUAACCAAAAAUUACCUGAUAAAUCGGACAUAUAUAUAUAA